AGUUUCUCAUUUCCCUUCUCCUUCUUCGGUAGCAUCUGUAUUGCGUCCAUUAUCUCGGCGGCUGCGUGCACCUCUGGCGUCCCUCUUCCGUAGCUCAUCUCCGGCUUCCGUCAUCCGUUGGCGCUGACACAUCAUCUCCUGUCCGUCGUUGCUGCUGCUGUUUCCGGCGUCCCUUGUCCGUCGCCGCUGCUUCAUCUUCCGCUCUCCGUUCGCCCUCUCAUAUCCGGUUCUCAGCGUUCUCGAUCCGGCUUCAAAUCUCCAGCGCCACAGCGUCCCAUCAUCUCCGUCUUCUUUGCUGCUGCCACUGCUGCUGCUCGCCGGCGUCACAGUGUUCCCACUCCGGCGUCACAUCAAUUCCGAUCUGACAGUGACUCUUUGUAGAGCUUGAUUUAUGUGCGGCAAUGGCCAAUAACCCUCAGUCUUCUGGUGCUCAGCCUCUCCGACCUCCAGCAGUUGGAUCACUGGGCCUGCAAAGUUUUGGUCCACCCUUUCCUAUGCAAUUUCGGCCUGUCAUGGCACCACAGCAAGGACAGCCAUUUAUUCCUGCUUCGGCUCCUCAACAAUUUCUGCCAGUUGGUCAAGGUAAUGUUGGAGUCUCAUCAAAUCCAAAUCAGCAGCUGCAAUAUUCUCAACCGAUGCAGCAGUUGCCUAUGCGGCCUGCUCAGCCUGCACAUUCUGUGCCUUCAUCACAGGCAAUUCCUAUGACAUACAUCCAACCAAGCAUGCCGCUUACAUCUAGCUCACCACAGUCUCAUCAAGCUGCUCCUGCUUUAAAUAAUCAUAUGCCUAGUUUAGGUGGCCCUGGUGUCCCUCUCUCUUCCUCAUAUACAUUUGCACCAUCUUCUUUUGGUCAGCCACAGCAUGCUGUCCCUGCAGCUGCAUCAUCCCAGUUCCAGCCAUCACAAAUGCAUGCACCAGUUGCACCAAUCGGUGGACAGCCUUGGUUUUCAACUGGAGGUCAAGGUGGACUUGUUACAGCAGUGCAGCAGCUUGGGCAACAAUCUUCAGAUGCUGCUGGAGUUUCGGCAGGAAAUGUUCCUACUACUGGUCAACAAUCUGCAUCUGAUUGGCAAGAACACACUUCGCCAGAUGGACGAAGAUAUUACUACAACAAGAAAACUAGACAAUCUAGUUGGGAGAAGCCUUUGGAAUUGAUGACACCAAUUGAGCGAGCUGAUGCUUCUACUGUAUGGAAGGAAUUCACAACUACAGAUGGUAGAAAGUAUUACUACAAUAAGGUGACAAAACAAUCUAAAUGGCAAAUACCUGAGGAGUUGAAGCUGGCUAGGGAACAAGCUGAGAAAGCAGCUAGCCAAUUGACACAAUCAGAAAGUAGUACAAAUUCUAGUGCUAUGCCAAAUAUUGCCAUCUCUUCUGGGGAACAAUCAGCUACUACUGUCACUUCGGUUAGCUCCAUCCCUUCUUCAACCAUAUCUGGGUUAGCUUCAAGCCCAGUUGCAGUUACGCCAGUUGUUGCUGUUAAUGCUGCUCCUCUGGUGGUUUCUGGAUCCUCAGCCAAUCCUGUUUCACAUGCUGCUGGAUCAAGUGGUGUUGGCACAUCCUCUGUUAGCAUAGCUGUCACUCCCUCACCUUCCGCUGCUCCUUCUACUGCUUCAGGAAGUACUGUGGUUCCUGCUGCUUUAGUUAGCACUAAUACUACUUCGCCAGUGAAUAGCGUUGGAAAUUUGUCAUCUCACGAUGUUUUGAGUUCUUUAGAUGGAUCUUCCAUUCAGGAUAUUGAGCAGGAUGCCAAGAAAGGAAUGGCAGUUGCAGGGAAAGUCAAUGUGACACCAUUGGAGGAUAAAUCUGUUGAAGAUGAACCUGUGGUGUACGCCAGCAAGCAGGAAGCGAAAGAUGCUUUUAAAGCACUGUUGGAAUCUGUAAAUGUUGAAUCCAACUGGACCUGGGAGCAGGCAAUGCGAGUAAUCAUCAAUGACAAGAGAUAUGGGGCUUUAAGAACUCUUGGUGAGCGUAAACAGGCAUUCAAUGAGUACUUGGGCCAAAGGAAGAAGCUGGAGGCUGAGGAAAGGCGAAUGAGAAUGAAAAAAGCUCGCGAGGAAUUCACAAAAAUGUUGGAAGAGUGUGAGGAACUCACUUCAUCCACAAGAUGGAGUAAAGCUACCAUUAUGUUUGAGGAAGAUGAACGGUUCAAGGCGAUAGAGCGACCUGUAGAGCGUGAAGAUAUGUUCAAAAGCUACUUAGUGGAUCUUCAGAAAAAGGAGAAGGAAAAAGCUCAGGAGGAGUAUCGGCGGAAUAGAUUAGAGUUCAGACAAUUUCUAGAAACCUGUGGCUUUAUCAAAGUGAACACCCAAUGGAGGAAAGUUCAAGAUCGGUUAGAGGAUGAUGAAAGAUGCUCGCGUCUGGAAAAAUUUGACCGCUUUGAAAUUUUCCAGGAGUAUAUUCGUGAUCUGGAGAAGGAGGAAGAGGAGCAGAGGAGGAUGCAGAAGGAACAAUUGAAGCGGGCUGAACGUAAGAACCGUGAUGCGUUUCGGAAGAUGAUGGAAGAGCAUGUUGCUGCCGGAAUACUCACUGCUAAAACUCACUGGCGUGAUUACUGCAUGAAGGUAAAGGAUUCUGCACCCUAUCAGGCUGUUGCGCUGAAUACAUCUGGUUCUACACCAAAAGAUUUAUUUGAGGAUGUUGCUGAAGAGUUAGAGAAGCAGUAUCAUGAUGACAAAACUCGAAUAAAAGAUGCUGUGAAGUUGGGGAAGGUUACAAUCACAUCAACUUUGGAUUUUGAAGAUUUCAAGUCUGCUAUUUUUGAGGGAAUAGGUACCUCUCCAAUACCUGAGGUCAAUGCGAAGCUAGUAUAUGAGGAUCUACUUGAGAGAGCCAGAGAGAAGGAGGAAAAAGAAGCUAAAAAGCGUCAACGUCUGGCAAAAGACUUUGCUGAUCUCUUAGUCACCAUCAAGGAAAUCACCGGAACUUCUGUUUGGGAGGAAAGCAAACAGCUUUUUGAGGAGAGCUCAGAAUACAGAUCAAUUGGAGAAGAGAGCUUUGCCAAGGAGAUCUUUGAGGACCACAUCAUACAUUUGCAGGAAAAGGCAAAAGAAAAGGAACGUAAGAGAGAAGAGGAAAAGGCCAAGAAGGAGAAAGAAAGAGAGGAAAAAGAAAAGAGGAAGGAAAAGGAGAAGGCGAAGGAACGGUCUAAGAAGGAUGAAACAGAGAGUGAAAAUAUAGAUGAGGAUGACAGCUACAGCCAUAAGGAGGAGAAAAAAAGAGAGAAAGACAAAGAGCGAAAGCAUCGGAGGCGGCAUCAUAGUCCAGCUGAUGAUGUCAGUUCUGACAAGGAUGAAAAAGAAGAGUCAAAGAAGCCACGCCGACGUGGAAGUGACCGUAAAAAAUCAAGAAAACAUGCAUAUACACCUGAAUCAGAUAGUGAAAGCAGGCAUAAAAGACACAAGAAAGAUCACCGGGAUGGUUCUCGCAGAAAUGGUGGGUUCGAGGAGCUUGAAGAUGGAGAGCUUGGAGAGGAUGGUGAGAUUCGGUAAAUCUUGUUACCCCCUUUGUAGAUUUCCAAACUUUGAUGCAUCCAUGAUACUUAAACGUUGCAUUGCCUAGUCAAACGUUGGAGAAUGUCACUGUUAAGCUUUCCAUGGUGCAUUUCUAGCCCAUAUAAGAGUUGUACCCAAUAUAUUAUAUAUUUUUGUUACCAUACUGUCAGUUGAGAAAUAUUCGUGCUUUUUUGGUUCUUCAA